GCGAAAAAAAAUAUAUAAAAAAUGCAUCUUUUCAUAACUACAGCAAUAUAAAUUAUUUGUUCAUAAGCCUCUGAAAAAUUUUAGACCAUUAAAGGAUCGAAACAUUCUUGCUAUUCAAUAUAAACUAAAUAUACGAUGGAUUAUAACAAAAUAACGAAAAUAACGCGAGUUAUUCUAAUAACUUACAAUCACCCCAAUCAUUCCAAACGGAACAAUUUUCGUCAAAUGCUACAUAACACUUCCAACUACAUCAACUAUUCUUCAAUGAAUAAUGAUAUUGUUCCAACAUCUUAUACUCAACAACAACAACCUAUGUUCUCUUUUGCAAGUGAUGAAAAUACUACAACUGGAACCACGCGGCGCCAUAUGACAGUUACAAUAUCUCUUCCCCACUUAGUUCACUCAACAUGAUUUAUAAUUCUUCUCAAAGUCACUCUGAAGUUUUCAGAUUUGAAAUUC